GUGCGAGAACUGUGCGGGAACAGUUACAGAACAUGGGAAUCAAUAUGAACGCAGCCUAUGAGUGGCUGAGGGCAGGUCUUCACGAUUGUGAAAUAUCGUAGAUGUCCGAGGCAGGCGGAUCUCGCUCUGAGACCCACUCAAAGUACAGUUGCUUUGGAUGGGGAUGCAUCAGUUUCUUCGUAAAUCGCGACGAACCGAGCAGACACACAGUGAAGGAUCCAAGUCAGGCAAAUCAGGGUGAACAGUCCAAGACCGGGGGGAGAUUGAGAAUCAACGUGGGUGGAACAAUCUUCGAAACUACAGUCUCCACAUUGACAAGAUUGAAUGAUACUAUGCUUUCCGCUUUGGUUUCGAAUCGCUGGAAUCAAUCAAACCAGGAAGAAAUAUUUGUGGAUCGUAAUCCGACUUAUUUUGGAAAGGUACUGGAUUACCUGCGCGAUGGAGAGAAUUUCGCCGUUCCAACAGAUCAUGACGUUAGGGAAUGCCUUCGAAGGGAGGCAGAUUUUUACAAUCUUUCCGAACUUGCGAAAAUGUGCUCACCUGGUCUGCACGUAGGCGACUGGGUAAUGUGGAAGGAGGACGCCGUUGAAGCAAAAUGGAAAUUUUUUGCCAGAGAUGUGGAUACGCACAGCAACAUGAUAAAUUACGAAGAGUGGAAGCAUGUGAAACAUGAAAUGCGGUUCAUGAAGGGAAUUGUGACGAAGGUGAAAUCAAGGAUGUGCUGUACCGUAAAAUGGGACAAUGAUUGGAAAUUUCAUGAACGUCAGUCAGCCCUUCGAUUGGCGACUUCGCAGUAAAUCCGCUGUAUCAUCAAAUUCAUUUAUUUGGCUUCUUCAAUGUGCUUAUUUUUUACUACUAAUCUCUAGGAGCCUAUAGCUUUCCUCUUUGGCUAAUUUUGAAAUAAAUCGACAA